AUGGCCAGUAUAAACCUGUCUAAUGAAUCACACUCAAAACUUCCUGAUAUAAUAAAGAUAGAUGAUAUUACCUCGGGAAAAAUAGAUCCACAGUUGAUAUAUGAUGAAAUAGACCGAUUAAAAGCAGAGAUUAAUAUAUUAAGAAAUGAUAUGUCCCUUUUCCUCAAGGCUUUGGCCACCAUUCCAGCUAAUCAAUCACAACUGGAAUAUUACAAAUUGGUGGUUUCACGAUUGAAAACUGUCCAAGCAAGCAUCCGAGAAUACUGUGAAAAGUAUAAUAAAUUAUUACCUAUAAUCAACCUUGCUCAGAUUAAACUAGGUCAUGAGGUAGAAGCUCCGCCGCCGAAUAAGGUUAAGUCAGAAGCAUCUACUACAAAUAACACUCCAAAUUUGGGUAACAAGACAACUCCAAUAAUGGGUCAUAGCUCGGCUCCAAUGAACAACAAUUCUAAUAAUGCAGGAAACUACCAGAGUCUGAACACCACAUCGGGAAAAGCAUCCAAAAAGACAUCCAAGAAAGCUUCUGUAAGUAAACAAGGUAUGGGAUCUAGUGCAUCACAGCCGAUUGUUAUCUGA